AUGGAAUUCUCGAUAGCCAAUCCAACAGAAUACGCCUCCGUGCCAAUCGAGCAUCGAUUCGAACCUUACGAUGAUAAUGGCGGCACAAGCUUGGCCAUUGCUGGAAAAGACUUUUGCGUUGUUGCAUCAGAUACCCGACAAAGCACAGGCUACAACAUCAACUCUCGAUACGCGCCCAAGGCUUACCGACUUGCCGACAAUGCAGUGAUCGCCAUGAACGGUUUCCACGCCGACGGUCUUACCUUGAAGAAGGUGCUUGAUCAACGUCUCAAGUGGUACAAGUUUGCACACGACAAGGAGAUGUCUGUUACGGCUCUCGCCCAAAUGCUUUCAAUCACCUUGUAUCAGAAACGUUUCUUCCCUUACUACAGCUUUUGUUGUCUUGGAGGUGUUGAUGAGGAAGGUGUUGGUGCUGUAUACUGUUAUGAUGCUAUUGGUUCAUACGAACGCGAAAACUACCGUGCUAACGGCUCAGCAGCUGCAUUGAUUCAACCCUUCUUGGAUAACCAGGUUGGUCGCAAGAAUAUGCAAAACGUAUCAUAUCAGCCUUUGGAAUUGGAAGAAGUUUUGAAGAUUGUCAAGGAUGCGUUCACCUCUGCAACGGAACGUGAUAUCUAUACUGGCGACUGCUUGCAAAUCUUUAUCAUUAGGAAAGAUCAGGAGGUGGAAGUACAACAUUUCCCAUUAAAGAAGGAUUAG